AUUACUGCAGAUUUUUUUAACGUACUGUAGAAAAUUGCUAUAUUAAUUCUAUUGAGUUGGCUAUGGUGAUGUUAUUGUGAAGUUCUAGUUAUACUACACCGCUAUAGUGUUUCCUGAAGUCUUACUAUGGUUUUUCAAAAAAUUACUAUAUUAUAGGGCUAAUAUAGCUAAUACAAUAAAACAAUACCAAUAACAAUAACAAUACCAAAGCUGGUGAAAAAUAAAAUAGAACAUUAGAAACUUACUACAGAACACUAUACAUUUCUUAUGGUAUACUAUAGUAAAACUAUGGUUACUUUUCGUAAGGGUGGGGUUGGUUGGCACACUUAUCUCUGGCACAGAUUUUGAAUGUACAGAGAGUUUCUAACGUUAACAGAAAACCGGCUGAGACACAGGAGCUGUUAAAGUCCAGGAGUUUAAAAAUAAGUAAAAACAAUUAAUUUAUCAGUGACAUACAUAUAUGAAUACAGAAUUCCUGAGAGCCUAAGUGCUUUAUAUUCCAUUUUAUUUUUACAUUUUGAAAUGUGUCCCACCACCUGAGUUUCCCUUUACAUAAAUAUAGAUAAAGAUAUUUUCACCAUAGACUGAUGCAGAAAGAAAUCACCAGAAUUCAGGAACACGAAAAUGAUCAAUAACCCCAGACUACUCCACGUAAUAUGCAUGCUCUCUAAAGCUGAAACCAUACUUGUUGCCCUUGUACUGAAUGAAUAAGCUUCUAAAUGGCAUCAGUGAAUAUUUUCUGAUGUAUCCUUUUGUGUGAUGAUCAACAAGUACUUCAUAGAAUUUGCUCAGUAAAAGCGUGCAUGAACAAUUUUUUAAUCAUGAUGUUUAAUUUUGGAACGAAAGUUGUCAGAUGUCACAUGACAACACAGAAUGCACAGGAAGUGGUUCAUUAUAAUUUCUGCUCGUUUACUCUUUUAGCUGUCUGUAGGUGUACAUAAGAACUUGAUAGGUGCCUGUACAGGGUUUCACAAGUUGUUACAUUGCUUAUAAUCAUGAACAUAAUCACCGUUCUUCUGUGUGCUAUUGCAAAUCAGGUCACAAGCCAAACUAAUGAUAUUUUCCCUGCGAGGAUCCUGGCCCAACAGAAAACCAUAAGUGAGAACAGUGACCUUUAUGUAACCUGCAGCACAUUUGGGUCCAAGAAAGCCACAACGGUCCAUGUUUAUUUAUGUAAGGAUGACAUUGGAAUCACUGAAAAGAUCCAGAAGCCAGAUCAAACUGAUACCACCUUCAUCUUAUCCAGAGUUGGCCUUAAUCAGAGUGGAAGCUACAGCUGUGUUUACUCUGUGAGGAAUCAUUCGCUUUCCAAAGUAAACAAGAGAGGAGACAACAUCAUUCAGAUUCUGGUUAUAGUUAUUUCAGUAGCUGGGCCGUCCACUGUCGUUGAGGGAGACGCUGUUAAAUUCAGAUGCACUGUUACUGACACCCUGCAAACACUCGGUGAAUGUCAACUCAUCCAGGCUUACCUGAGGAGGAAUGAGACCAUCCUCCAAGUGCAAGCAUUUAACGUCAUGCGGUUGGAGGCGACUUUCACCAUCGAAGGUGCCGUCAUGAGGGAUUCAGGUCAUUACAGCUGCGUGGUGCUGCCAUCUAAAUGCAUUCAAGAGCAUGAGAAAACACUCAAAGGAAAUAACACAGUGUUACUCGAGGUCAAAGGGAGUUUGUUUAAUCAACUAAUUGUCUCUUGUGGAGUGAUAACCCUGGUGUUAUCAGGACUAUUGGGCCUGUUUCUGUGGAGGAUCAACAAACCAGACUCCUCAGCUUUGUGCAAUCCGCAUGCGGCGAGUCAGCAGGCAAAUACAGACAUGUUGGAGAACCAACAGGGGCAGACAGAGGGAGAGGAUCUGGAAUCAGAAGAUGAGGACUCUUUCAGCAUGGAGGAGGAAGAAGGGUAUCAGAAUGUUUUGGCUGCUGAGGACUCUUACUCUGACGAUUCUGAGGGAGUGUACAAUGUUGCAGAUGAUCCACCUGCAAGAAAUUCAAAUUCAGCAUGUUUGUAUGCCACAACCUCCAAACGGAAUAAAAACCAGAUCCAGAUCCAGGGCUCACCUGAUUUUAACUUCACUUAAAUGCACAACUGGAACACCUGCCUGUGUUGCACCCCUGUUUUGUUCAGUAUGUGUCACAUUUCAUUAAAAGUAAGGUAGGGUCAGUAUUUACAGUGAAUGAAUGACAUUGUCUUCUGGAAGUGCAGUGGCUGUGGAACAUCUGACCUCUGUUAUCACAGUCCACCUGAACAGCAGUUUAGCUGCACAAUGAACUGCUCCUUGUAGGAGAGCAUAGAAAAUGUUCUCAAACAUUUUUGACAGUUUGGGUAAAUUGCAUUGUUUGGUUUUAUUUUGUAAUGAACAAAGUGGAAAACAAAUCGUUCCUUGUCUUACAUUUAAUCAGAAACAUUUGUUCUUUGUUGUUAAAGCCUAUGACAGUUGAGAUCUGAAUAUAUAGUUGAGUUUGACACCAACCUUAUUUUUUAGUGACACAUUUGGAUUGUAUUUUGACAUACUGUAUAUGCAUACCAUUUAAGAAGAACCACAUGAGUGGUGGAAGAAGUACUCAGAUCCUUUACUUAAGUAAAACUACCAGUACAAUAUUGUAAAAAUAUGUGAUGUUCCUACUUUAUCAUUAAAAAACAGGAAUCAGCUGUG